UUUUUAGCAAAUAAAAUUGAAAUUUCAUAUGCCGAUAAUAGUGCACAUCAGUUUUGCUUCCAAAAGUUGGGAUCCAGCGAAGAUCUCGACUUUGCGAGCAAACUAUCUAGUGAGAUUGACAAGUUACUUGAAGUAAGCUCGGAUCCUCACAAAGAUGAUAAAAUUUUUAAAGUUAAAUAUGAAGAACUACACAUGUUUUCUAUGAGCGAAGAUAUUAUAAUUAA